AUGCCUGCCGCAGAUACUAAGGCGAAGUUGCGCUGUGAAGCACCCGGCUGUGUCAGAGCCUACUCGAGUCCCUCCAACCUCAAAAGACACAUCAACUCUAAGCACAGACAGGCUGUUCAGAUGUCAUGCGGCAAAUCCUUUCCGAACCACCAGUCUAACAUCAAGCGCCACAAGAAGACCUGUGGCUGCACGGUCCUAGUUCAGCCUCUAGUUCCCGCUGGAGGGACUGACCCUGGCAUACCUACGACUGCCACCGCCAAUACGAUGACGACGCCGACCUUCGACGAUACUUUCGAUCUGAUAUUGAAUGACUUGAAAGAUGCUUACCAUCCCGUGGACAACAACUUAUUCGGGCAAUUCCAGUGA